AUGGAUAAAUUAACAAUCGAUACAACAAUUAAUACAGAAAAAGAAACGUUACCUUCCUCUAAAAUAACUCAACCCCCUCUAUAUCACCAACGCUCCACGUCAAUCAUACGACCGAAACCUAUACAAACACGAUUUGUAUCAACGCGCAUACUCGGAUCAGGGCCCAACAUUCAAGACACUUCACCACCGAUCACCCCGGUUGAAUGUCUGACUUUUGAAGAUCAGGCGACCGGACUUUCUAGUCCGAAGCUUAAACCGAACGCGUCUUUGUCGACGAUAAAUAAUCAACGAAAACGUGAUGAGUCACCGUUUAGAGAAUUGAAUCUUGAUGACGGGAAACAUAUUACUGAGAAUUUCUUGUUUAAAAAAGAUUGGUCUACGGAAAAAUUGAGUGUUGAAUGA